AUGAAUCUUCUUUUGUUGGGUUUUCUCUUCUUCAUCCCAAUCUUUCUUCUGCUGAGAAGAGGAAGAAACCCCUCUAAAAGGGUUCCUCCUGGUUCACUUGGAAUACCUAUUAUUGGCCAAAGUCUUGGCCUUCUUCGAGCUAUGCGUGCCAACACCGCAGAAAAAUGGGUUCAAGAAAGAAUCAGCAAGUAUGGUCCCAUUUCAAAGCUAAGCCUAUUCGGAAAACCAACAGUGUUAAUCUAUGGACAGGCUGCAAAUAAGUUUAUAUUCUCUAGUGGCGGCAACGCGAUUGCUAACCAGCAAACACAAUCCAUCAAAAUGAUCCUAGGUGACCGGACCUUGUUGGAACUGAGUGGUGAAGAUCACAGCCGUGUCAGAGGUGCACUUGUCUCAUUUUUGAAGCCAGAGUCCUUGAAGAGAUAUGUGGGAAAAAUGGAUGAAGAAGUCAGGAAUCACCUUCAGAUGCAUUGGCAGGGGAAACAGCAACUCAAGGUAUUGCCUUUGAUGAAGACUCUCACGUUCAAUAUAAUUUGCUCUCUUUUGUUUGGUCUUGAGCGUGGAAAACAGAGAGAUCAAUUCCUGGAUUCCUUCCAAGAGAUGAUAGAAGGAAUGUGGUCAGUCCCAAUUAACGUGCCCUUCACACGUUACAAUCGAAGCCUUAGAGCAAGUGCAAGAAUCCAGACCAUGUUGAAGGAGACUGUGCAGAAGAAGAGGACUGAACUCGAGCAAAAUGCAGCAUCUGCACGCCAAGACUUGAUUAGUUGCUUGUUAGGCAUGGUUGAUGAAGACGGCAAACAAGUUAUGACUGAGAAGGAAAUCAUUGACAACAUCAAGCUUGUCAUGGUUGCUGGACACGACACUUCAUCUGUUCUAAUCACUUUCAUCAUCCGACUCUUAGCCAACGAACCUGCUAUUUAUGCAACAGUUCUUCAAGAACAGGAAGAGAUAGCAAAAGGCAAGCCCUCUGGAGAGGCGCUCACAUGGGAAGACCUUUCAAAGAUGAAGUACACAUGGAGAGUAGCAAUGGAAACUCUUAGAAUGUUUCCUCCUAUUUUUGGUGGCUUCAGAAAGGCUGCAACAGAUAUUGAAUACGAUGGAUACCUCAUACCCAAAGGAUGGCAGAUUUUCUGGGUUACAGCAAUGACCCACAUGGAUAGCAGCAUUUUCACAGAACCAUUGAAGUUUGAACCUAGUAGAUUUGAAAACCAAGCAUCUGUACCCCCCUACUGCUUCAUUCCAUUUGGUGGGGGAACAAGAAUAUGUCCAGGGUAUGAGUUUUCCAGGCUUGAAACUCUAGUUGCAAUUCAUUACCUAGUGACUCGAUUCAGUUGGAAGCUAUGUUCAGACAAUUUCUUCAGUAGGGAUCCAAUGCCAGUACCAUCUCAAGGGCUACUGAUUCAAAUUUGGCCAAGGAGACUUUCUUAAUGGUCAUUUUAGUAACAGCUGGUCUUAUAAUACAAUGUACCAAAAAUAAGUCAAUGUUAAUAAUUAAAGAGUAAUUAUUACCUUAUUUUGUAUUCACACUUGAAAAUAACUGAGUUACAAUCUUACAAGAAAAAAAGAAGAAUAAGCAAGCGCUUAAACUACACUAUUUUAAAUCA